UAAAUGGGUUCUGUGUUUACUGUUAGCCAGUUAGAGCUCUUUGUUUUUGUCAUAACCUCAAAAUGAAAAUGUCCCGGCUAUGUUACAGCCUACAUUGUUUGCCAUAACUGUUCGAGGGCAGAUACUGUAAAAGAUACUGAUAAACUUCUUUAGGAUAUAGAUACAUUUUUUAUAAACUUUUUUUUGUUGUUGUUGUUUUUCCUCCACUUGUAGUUGAAGAGGAAGCCUGCUCUGGGGAAAAAAACCGCUGCAUAAGGUCAUCUUACAGUUUAGAGAAGGUCUACGUUGAAGUCGGCAGCCAUGGUGUUGAUUCUGGGCAGAAGGAUGAACAGGGAGGAAUCUGGGAUCAGAGAUUCACCAGCUGUCAAACGCAAGGUGUUUGAGGUUGACUCCAAAACUUUAGCCAGCCCGGAUGUCUUGGACUUCUGCUCUGGCUCAUCCCACUCAGACGGCAUCCUGCAGGUCUUCAAUGAGUUUCGUGACUGCCGCCUGUUCACCGAUGUUGUGAUCAGCGUGCAGGGCCGCGAGUUCCCCUGCCACCGUGCUGUGCUCUCUGCCUGCUCUUCCUACUUCAGAGCCAUGUUCUGCAAUGAUCACCGCGAGAGCCGCGAGAUGCUGGUCGAGAUCAAUGGCAUCCUGGCCGAGGCGAUGGACUCCUUCCUCACCUAUGUUUACACCGGCCGUGCCAAGAUCACCACCGAGAAUGUCCAGUUCCUCUUUGAGACCUCCAGCCUCUUCCAGAUCGCCACACUGCGUGAUGCCUGUGCCAAGUUCCUGGAGGACCAGCUGGACCCGUGCAACUGCCUGGGCAUCCAGCGCUUCGCAGAUGCCCAUUCCCUGAAGCAUCUAGCCAGCCGCUGCCGCAGUUAUGCCCUGGCCAACUUCUCAGAGGUGGCGCAGCAUGAGGAGUUCCUCGACCUACGCAAGGAGGAGCUGGAAGAGUACACUGGCAGUGAUGAGCUGUCCAUCGGUAAGGAGGAGGUGGUGUUUGAGGCGGUGAUGCGAUGGGUGUACAAUAAUGUGGAGCACAGAAAGCCCAUACUGAAGGCCCUGCUGCAGAAUGUGCGCCUGCCCCUUUUGCACCCCAACUACUUUGUCCAGACAGUGGAGGGAGACUUGCUCAUCCAGAAUGCUCCAGAGUGCUACCAGCUUCUCCAUGAGGCCAGACGCUACCAUGUGCUUGGAAAUGAAAUGAUGUCUCCCAGAACUCGUCCACGCAGGUCGACUGGCUUCUCUGAGGUGAUUGUGGUGGUGGGGGGUUGUGAGAGAAUAGGGGGCUUCAACCUUCCCUACACUGAAUGCUAUGAUCCAGUCACAGGAGAGUGGAAAUCACUGGCCAAACUACCUGAGUUCACCAAAUCAGAGUAUGCUGUCUGCGCCCUCCGCAAUGACAUUCUGGUGUCAGGUGGUCGUAUCAACAGCAGGGACGUGUGGAUGUACAACUCCCAGCUCAACCUGUGGAUCAGAGUGGCUUCUCUGAACAAAGGGCGCUGGAGACACAAGAUGGGUGUCCUACUGGGCAAGGUCUAUGCGGUAGGUGGCUACGAUGGACAGAGCCGCCUGAGCAGCGUGGAGUGUUACGACUCCUUCUCCAACCGCUGGACAGAGGUGGCUCCCAUGAAAGAGGCUGUGAGCUCUCCGGCCGUGGCCAGCUGCGCCGGCAAGCUCUUUGUCAUAGGUGGAGGGCCUGACGAUGACACUUGUUCAGACAAGGUUCAGUGCUAUGAUCCAGAGACAGACUCUUGGUUACUACGGGCCAACAUCCCCAUCGCAAAGCGCUGUAUCACAGCAGUGUCCCUCAACAAUCUGAUCUACGUGUGUGGUGGUCUCACCAAGUCCAUAUUCUGCUACGACCCUGCAGAGGACUAUUGGAUGCAUGUGGUUCAAACCUUUAACAAACAGGAGAGCUGUGGCAUGUCAGUGUGCAAUGGUAAGAUCUUCAUCCUUGGUGGCAGAGGGGAAAAUGGCGAAGCAACAGACACCAUCCUGUGUUACGACCCGGCAACAGGCAUCAUCACAGGAGUGGCAGCCAUGCCGCGGCCGAUCUCCUACCAUGGCUGUGUAACCAUCCACCGCUACAAUGAAAAGUACCAAAGGCCCUGACCAUAAACAAACAUACAGACCACACACACACACACACACACACACACACACACACACACACACAUACACACUCUCACAGGAGAGCACACAUUAAGGAACUUAAGCUCUUCAAGUUCACACUAUGCACAGCACAAACACAAUCACAUGCUUCUUUAGAACGGGCACAUUUAAUAGUUCAGUCCACAAUACCGUUGAGCUAAUUUAUUUUCUCACAGCAUCAUGUAGCAAUACUCACUGUGGUGCUGUGAAUCUUUUGCUGUUUUGUACCAUAGUUAUAGUCCUUCUGUGUAAGUGCUCAGUGGUGGAUAAUGCUGAUGACUUGUCUGUAACCUGAGCUAAAGUGGAGUCAGAUCAACAUGGCACAUGUGCCUUGCACUAGUGGUAACUGCACAAGGUUGGGAAGUAAUGGAUCAUACAUGACAGAAUUAAAGAAAACUGAUGAUAAUGGUAACCAAUCAGAUAUUUGGGAAAAACCUGUGUGAUUACUUGUUUAAUUAAUUAAUUAAUUAUUAUGUAAUUGGAGCUUAACCUUAGGAUACCGUAUCUGAGGUAACAUAUUCUCUAUAACUCAAGUUUCACUGUCUUAGUUUUUCACAGAGCUUUCAGCCGUACCCUUCAUGUGAUUUCAGCUCAGUACUUAUGUCUUGUGCUGACACCUGAUCAAAUUCCCUUUGCUAAAAGAGGUUAUGGUUGAAAACUCAGUGAAAAGCUAAAGUAAACUUUAGUUCAGAAUAAUUUACCAUAUAAACUGUAAUAUUUGCACAUAUUUUCACAGAAAACUUUUUAAAAUGACAAUAAGUAACUUGUUUGUUUACCUAACUGCAGAUUUUAAGGAUGUAUUACUGUGGUUUUAUUUCUAAUUCAAAACUAAAAGGGGCUGAAUCUCCCAAUAACAUUAUUGAGUUUUCAUAAUUGAUACUGAUCCCUAGCAGGUAAUCAGUUUGCAAGUAAACCUCUCAAAAACUGUGCUUUUAUUACUGUGCAACGGUCGCGAAUGAGCUGAAAUGAUCACCAAUAGCGCCGAUGAACAAAAACAGUGCCUUGAGGCAAAAACUGAAAAAUGCCCAUACAAGAAUGAGCCAAGAAUGAUCUGCCAGCAGAAUAAAUUUAUUUUUGACUGACAGAUAAGCAGCCAGGUCAGAUUUCUAACCACGUACCCACUGCAUUCCACGCAGACAUGUGCAUACAGUACAGCACCGUACAGUAAAGAACAUAAGAAAGUACCAUCCUCUGUUUUUAUUCUUUUCCUUGAAACUGAAAAUGACCUGAUAAAAAUGUGGUUACAGUCAACCAGCUGCUCUUCCACAGUGUCAGUGGUCAUGAAGAGAGAGAUAAAGAGCGGAGACUGUACCAAAAUAUUGGAACACAGCCACUGUUGGAUUUACUUUUGUUUCCCUUUUCCUCACAUCCCUCCACUUAUCACCUUGUUUCACUUCCCAUGUGCGUUUCCCUUUCCCUGCUCAAGCUGUGUCAUCAAACCCUGUUUAGCCUUAUUUUUCUCCCUUAUAAUUAUUAUUAUUACACUCAUUACUGAUAUUUUAUUUUUGUUUUUUUUUAAGUUAUACUUGUUUGUCUUUUUUAUAUAAUUGAAUGUUUAUUGUAUUAUACAUAGCUUUAGUGUGUCUGUUUCAUAUCAAUGUUAGUUCAUUGGUGUACUGGGCUUGUGGGUGGUUUUGUAUAUGUGAGAAGCCUUUGUAGAUCAAACUCGAAGACUGCUCUGAAUAAGUGGUGUGCAUGUAUGUAUGUGACUUUUACGACUCGGUCUGGUCUACGUGUUGGAGCCAAGGGGGUUUAUCAAAGAGUUCUAGUGUAAGCAUUGCACUACUGCUAACUUCUGUCAACAGAACUUGUCACACUGAUGCUGGCACCUCUCACCUGUGCACUUACAUGUAGAGAUGUAACUCGGGGUAACCGUAGAUACCUCCAGGUGUGUAUGUGUGUAUGUGUGUUAACUGGUCUGCUAAAGAUGUAGGUAGGUGUAGCAGUGCUAUACUUCACACAGGUGGGGUUAAGAGUUUAGGAUUUUUGAUGAUGUGGCUCAUGGUCAGUAAAAGUCUUCUUUUACUUCACUAGGUGUUGAUAGACUAGAGAUAUUGCUGUGAAUAUAACUUUUAAUGUUUUCUUUGUUUAACGUGUAUUUAAAUGUAUCUCUUUCUUGGUUGCAUAUUGUGUUUUUUUUCUGUAACUAAGAGCCCCAAUUGUGCACUUUGACAGAAUCCUGUUAAAUGUAGAAUUAUAUUACAAUGAUUUCCUUUUUUUUUUACUGUAUCAGUAAAUGUUCUUUGCUUUCAUGUGACGUAGGGAAGAGACAGUAAAAGGGCCUGUCAGCUCCUCCUGUUGGCUGCUACCUGCUAUGGCUCUGAUAUUCUAAGAAAAACAAAAAACUGCCACAAGGGAACAAUGUGAAGAGUGAGUAAGAGAGUUUCAACUUUUCAUUUUAGAGUGAAACAUUGGGGACUAGUGAGCUACGAUGCAAUGUGUGUAAUUUUCUAAGACACAACAUAAGACCAUUAGGGUUGUGCUUCCAUGUGUCAGUCACAGUGACAAAAACAGGUAGGUGGAAUUUUGCCUCAAAUCAUCUUCCAGGAAGUUUUCUUAGAAGUAUGAGGUCAGUGUCAGGUCUUCAGCUGUAGUAGAAAAAAAAGGGCCACCCACACUCCUUUGCAGUAACAUACUUAGGAUAACUCUGGAGGCCAACAAGAGGAGGCUGAGGGGCAAGAAAGUGGUAAAGCAAAAAGAGUAGGAGUUAGAUAAAUAGUGAGAGAGAGAGAAUUUGAGUGUGUGUGCGUCUGUGAUUUCACUGAGUGUUUACUCAAAAUUGUCUUCUGUUGAUUUAUUGAUUUUCAUUAUUAGCUACAUAGAGGCUUUCAUACAACGUUUACUUUGAUAAGUUUUUUUUUUUUUUGUUUGGUGAUUUUCUUUUUUUUUUGCCUGUUGUGGUGAGUUGUGGGACAGUUUUUUGCCAAGAUAUUUUGACUCCCAAAAUUAAAAGUUGUGCCUUUUUAAUAAACGUUUAAACUUAAAGAGCUGAGCGUUAAAAGCUGAUUGAGUUUAAUAUGCAUGCAGAUGUAAGCCAAAGUGGAUUUGAUUCAAUCCCAAAGGUAACUUUGUUGAAAAAUGUCAAUGGGUAAAGAUGGGGGGGGGGGGGGGCUUUAACCUGUUGCCAAAUGCUGCCCUAUGUGCCUUUUAAUAAAAAGAGUGGGGAACAAUUGGGGAAUUAAAUCGUAUGAUUUUGAUAUUAAGUUUUAUUAUUGUAUGUAUGAUGUGAUAUUUUAACACCACUUUCUCCUCAGAUGCUCUUUGUCUAACUGCGAGAAAGCUUUGGAUUUUUGUAAACUGCAGUAUGUUGAAAUGUAAUGGUUGACUUGUGUAAGAAAAACAUCAAUAAAGUUUUUCUUUCUUUACACAUAAA